CACUCCUUCCGGGUAUGUCAAAGACAAGUGGUCAACGAGGCUCGAUUAGUAGAUUUUGAUCUGGGCUUGGUGAGACGGCGGGAUCCCACACUGCACACUAAUCGAACAUGAGGGUAAGCCACUAUACCCAGUAUCAAACCGAACUACGUGGACGCUCUCAAGUCUCACCUCCCAACUAACACCCUGCCUGCUGUAACACCUUCCACUCUGCAGUUUUACGUAAUUUAUAGCUUAAAAAAUGGCUUCCGAGACUUUUUUUGGAACAGGAAACGGUACUACUGCUGCUUCAUGGCAAUCUUGUAGCAGAAAGAACAGAAACAAGAAACAAGGCCAGAAUUUUUAUUUCUCAAUUCGAGCUUCUCAGUCUAUGGAUAACAAAAACAGGGUCUACAAGCAACUGGGUUUUUUUUCUUUGAAAAAGAACAUUGAAGAUACAGUUCUCCGAGCUGAGACGCUGGCACCAACAGCACUUGAACUUGAAGAAGCAAGCAAGAUCGAGCAGGAAGAGAUGAUACGUGGCUAUAACCUGUGGGAUGAUCCCGCCAAAUCCAACGAAAUUCUUGUCAAGCUAGCUGACAGUGCCAAAGUAGUGGACGCUCUCAAAGACCUAAAAUAUAAGGCUGAAGAAGCGAAGCUCAUUUCACAGUUGGUUGAGCUGGAUGCUAUCAAUUAUGGGCUUUUCAAGCAAGCAUACGAUGCAUCUUUAAAUGUGAGUAAGUUCUUGGAUCAGUAUGAAAUGUCCAAGCUUUUACAUGGACCAUAUGAUGUAGAGGGAGCAUGUGUAACUAUUAAAGCUGGACCAGAAGGCAUCUGCUCUGAGAUAUGGGCAGACCAGCUCGUAACAAUGUAUAGGAAAUGGGCAGAAAAGCAAGGAUACAUUGGGAGGCUAGUUGAAAAGUGCUCUGGCAAGAAUAGUAUUAUCAAGUCUGCAACUAUUGAAUUUGAAUUUGAGUAUGCUUUUGGCUAUCUUUCAGGAGAGAGAGGUGUCCACUUCCUGAUAAGUUCUCAGAGUGGAUCUGAUGAAAAUCAGACUUGCUCAGCAUGUGUAGAUGUUGUUCCUCUCUUCCUGAGAACAGCAUAUGACUUACAAAUUAGUGAUGAGGAUUUAAUUUUCUCAUCAUCCUCAUUUCUGCGGGGAGAAGGGAAGAGCCAUAGUGAACGUACUGUUUGCAUUAAGCAUAUUCCGACUGGCAUAACUGUACAAUCUUCAGGUGAAAGGAGCCACUUUGCAAAUAAGAUGAAGGCCCUUCAUAGAUUGAAGGCCAAGCUUCUUGUGAUUGCAAGGGAGCAAGGAGUUUCAACUGUUGGUUGCAUAAAUAGAGAUGCCAUUACGGGUGUUUGGCAAAGACAAACUCGGAGGUAUAUUUCUCAUCCUUACAAGCUAGUACAUGAUGUAAAAACUGGCAUCCAACUGCCUGACCUAAAUUCUGUUUUAGAUGGAAACAUUGAACCUCUUAUUGGAGCUCACAUAAAUAUUAGACAGUCAAGUGACACAGACUAAAUUCCGUGUCACAAAAUGGGAAUAUUUUUGUCAUCACAUGAAUGACCCUGAAAAAUCUGGGGAAAAUCAACCUUUGCUUAUUUGUUUAGAAGCAAAUGAAAUUACCUUCUCUUUCAAUAACAAUUAAGCCUAAUUCAUAUCUGUUACA